AUGAUCAAGAAAUCUACACUCCUUUCGGUGGAUGCUUUUGGGAAAACAGAAGAAGAUGUACGUGUUCGUACUAGAACUGGUGGGUUGAUCACGGUAUCCUGCAUUUUUGUAACAUUAAUACUGUUGAUAAACGAGUGGAAGAACUUUAAUACGAUUGUCAACAGACCUGAGCUAGUGGUGGAUCGUGAUCGCCACCUGAAGUUGGACUUAAAUUUGGACGUUACGUUCCCAAAUAUGCCAUGCAACGUUUUGAAUCUUGAUAUUCUUGAUGAUUCUGGUGAGUUCCAGCUAAAUUUGCUCGAAUCCGGUUUUACAAAGAUCCGCAUUAGCCCUGAGGGCAAGGAAUUAAACAAGCAGAAGUUCGAAGUAGGCGAGAAUUCUCCAACAAAGGAUACAUCAACAGAGGAAGGUUACUGUGGACCAUGUUAUGGCGCACGUGAUCAGUCAAAGAACGACGAAUUGCCUGCCGACCAACGUGUAUGUUGUCAGACGUGUGAAGAUGUGCGUAACGCAUAUAGCGAGAAUGGUUGGGCGUUCAAGGACGGGCAAGGUGUAGAACAAUGUGAACGUGAAGGAUACGUUCAAUCCAUCAACAAAAGAAUCAAUGAAGGGUGUCGUGUACAGGGUAGGGCUCAAUUGAAUAGAAUUCAAGGUAGCAUCCAUUUUGGUCCUGGCAAAUCGAUGCACAACUUCCGUGGACACUUCCACGACACGUCGUUAUAUGAGAAGCACUCACACCUCAAUUUCAAUCAUAUAAUUAACAAGCUAACUUUCGGUGAAACUCCAAGCCAGGCAGACAGCUUGCUGCUGAAUUCCGUCUCAUUGUCACCAUUGGAUGGCCGUGAAGUACUCCCAGAACGAGACACGCAUUUGUACGAGUUCUCAUACUUUUGUAAGAUUAUUCCUACGAGAUUUGAGUUUUUAGACGGGAAGAAAGUAGAGACAACGCAGUUCAGCUCCACUUAUCAUGAUAGACCACUGAGGGGAGGUCGUGAUGAAGACCACCCAACUACUGUACACUCCGCAGGAGGAGUACCAGGUCUUUUCUUCAACUUUGAGAUGUCUCCACUCAAAGUUAUCAAUAGAGAAGAACACGCUAUUUCCUGGUCUGGAUUCCUAUUGAAUUGUAUCACAAGUAUAGGUGGUGUUCUUGCGGUCGGUACAGUUGUAGAUAAGAUCACAUACAGAGCACAGAAAACCAUAUGGGGCAAAAAGUCUUCAUAG